AUGACAGAAGGUAAAUUGAAAGGAAUUAGAAGAAUAAAUUCGUCUGGAUCAGGUCAAGUAAGACUCGAAGAAAUGAUGCCUAAGCAACUUAUUAUCAUCGAUUAUGAUGAAGUUAAACGCAAUGCAGAGAAUGAUUUUAUCGAAGGACGCUAUGACGACGCAUUAGAGAAAUAUUCUCAAAUAAUUUCACAAUAUGAUCCAGAAUUAGUUAUUGUUAAGUUCUUUAAUUAUGGAUUGGAAAAGCAUUUGCCAAAAUAUUUAAUGAAAGUUUUUUGGAGUGGCCAAGCGACAGUUCACAUUACUCAAUUACUGAUUUCCAUCCUUUCGAAAUACAAAUUAAACGACAGUGUUCAUAACUUUGUAACAAUUGUAAACAAUGCACAGAAAGUUAACAGUGGACAAAUAAGUGAAGCAGAAGAUCCGAAGUGGUCUAAAUACAAGGUUCUUUAUCCUACGCUUAAUAUUGAUACAAUCAUUGAUAUGUUAAAUCAAUGCGGAUAUCAAAAUGAAGCUUCACGUAUUAGAAUCAGUAAUAGAAUUUCUGAUUAUGACAUCCAAGCCUUAAUCUUUGAGCAGAAAAAUUAUCUCGAAGCCGCAACAAAAAUUCAUAACUCAAGUCAGGAUCCAAAUGGAAAGCAUUUACUUCUGAAAUUCGGACCAACAUUACUUAGUCUUGAUAGCGCAUCAGGACGCUUGAUUUCUCAAGCAGCUUCGAUUUAUUAUCGAAAAGAAGCCCAAAACGACGGAACAGAGUUCGUUAAACUACUUUGGGGAUAUCCAGCUUACUUGACAUCCUUCCUAAAGGACGCCAUUGCUGAGAAACCGACUCCGCUUUUGGUUACUUUGUAUUUAGAGUUAAUUCUGCCAUCCAAAACAAAAACGAUGUUCAACUCAGACAACAUCUCAAACGAGACCGCGUUCAUUGCAAUUAUCAAAAACAAAGAUAUUCAAUUUAAUGAAAACCAAAUCCUUUCAAUUUGCGCGGAAAACAAAUACGUGUUAGGUGUUGUAUGGAUCUUGACAAGAAAACAAUUAUUCCAUGAUGCAAUUACUUAUGCUUUGAAUAAUAAUUUGGAUGACAAGAAAUUAAUUGAUUAUUGUCUUGAAGUAGAAGCAUCAAUACAUCCUAAAGAUUGGAGUAAUCUAUUUGCUAUAUACACAGGUGAACAAAAAUGGGCUAAAUUACAAGGUUUUGAUAAUUUCGUUCAUUUCAUACAAAAAGCUGUCAUAAAUACUCUCAAAGUCAGAAAUAUUGACUUUGUUUUCAGUACUUUGUUGAAGAAUCCAUUAGUUACCUUCAAAUUCAUAGAUAAUAAUAUAAAGAAGGCGCUUGCAAACUUAUACAAUGAAAACAAGAGAGUUGUUCAUGAUCAGAAAGCCAUCCAAGAUCAAAUAAACUCAAUAAAGACAUCAGAAGAAGUUCAAUAUCCAUUAAUUUGUUCAAUUUGCCAAAGAAAGAUUACAUAUCCAUGCGCAAUAUUUAAGUGUGGCCAUAUUGUCCACCAAAGUUGCUCAGGAACAGAUAAAAACUGUUGUCCGAUUUGCAAACACAUUGAUCCUGCUGUAAACGUCAAAGAAAGAUUCAACAAUGACCAGGAAAGCGAUCAUGCAUCAAGAAUAAUAAUCUCAACAGUAUUUCAAUGA